GCAUUGCUACGGAAUAAUUUUGCUACUCCGCUUUGGUCACACUGCUCGGCGACUAAAAAUUGAAUUGCAUGAGAAUUUAAAAAGUUUCGUUUAAUAAGUAGAGGCAUUAGUCAACCGAUUCUGGAAAUCACAACACGAGGUCAAGGGUCAAUGCACAGUCAACCACAAAGGUUGAGCCAAGAAGCGUAUAUCCCAACAGCUGUUCUGCCGCUGGGUGAGAUUACAUGUUUACGUUUACGUGUCACUUCGAAAACUGAGAUUUCAAUCCGGAUGCCAAACUGGCACACUCGGGGAGCAGUAUGCGCCGCAACAACUACCCGUACCAGCCCCUAAACCAGCACCCUUCAGGGCCCCAUCCUGCGAGCCACGACGCCUUGGAGGCGGAAAACGAGCAGGCGGCGGAGGAGUUGAAGCAGAAGAUCGGGGCCCUGAAGUCCCUCACCAUCGAUAUAGGCAAUGAGGUGCGCUACCAGGACAAGCUGCUGCGCGGCAUCGACGACGACAUGGACCGGACGAGUGGAUUUCUGGGCAACGCGAUGACGCGGGUGGUGCGACUGGCCAAACAGGGCGGUGGUGCUCGCCAAAUGUGCUACAUGUUCCUCUUCAUCCUCGUCGUGUUCUUAAUCCUCUGGAUAACCCUAAAGUUUAAGUAGUUGUUGGUAAUUUUAUAAAAUAUAUACCCACAUAUUUGUAUGGUUUAGUGUAGUCGAAGGUUGUAUUUGGUUCGGAAUGCGGUUCACUUUUGGCUUAAAACCAUAAAGUUAAAUAUAUUUCUUAAGUUCAAACCAAUAUUAGAAAGACAGAUACGUACGUUAAAGUUUUUUCAGCUCGUUCUUUAUAGUUCUCGAGUAAUAAGCAAAAGGAGAUUCCAGAUAUAAAUAAGGGAAGGUUCCAGUAUCAAGUGAUCAAAUUACUUGCAAAAAUUGCUGAUUUUAUUUAGCCCUAAUCGCAUAAAAUGUCAAUCCUUUUAUCAUUUAUAAACUUCUU